AUGCAUAGCCCACGCGAGAUCUCAUCUGAGCGCCAGGGCGCGCUUACGCCUUCCACCGCCCGCCUCGUUACGAAGCUAGCUGUGGAUCUACCUGAGGGCGGGGCCACGCCACGUACACUUGAGCCUACUGCCGCGCGUCAGCCCUGGGCCAAUCUUAGCGUUGAUACGGCGGUUAGCACGGAUGAUGAUACGACACCUGCAGCUAUGGCGACUACUUCUACGCAAGCUACAUCGAUUGUAGCAUCGUCACUGCGGUCUGGCUCGGGCUCUAGCCAAGUGACAUUACCGGCCGGCCUACUACCAGAACGAUACACGGCUGAUCUAGCUCAUUGGCAGUCUCCUGCUGAUCUACCAGAGCGCCGACUUAUGGUUCAACGCAUCAUUGCAAUGACACGCAGCAAACGCGUAGAAACUUCCACAUGUGCCGACGCACGCACACCAUCAUUGGCCAAACGCAUUGAACUAUCUCUCUACUCUCGGGCCGCAUCAUUUCAUGAAUACCGCGAUUUGAAUACGCUCCGUCGUCGAUUACAGUCACUCGUUUCCCUCAGUUUUCACGAAGCUGCAGUUUCGCGUCGUCGCGCAGCGGCGGUGAUUUUGGGAAAUGGACUAGUUACAGCAGCGCCACAGCUUGGCAAGCGUAAACAUCGUAUGCUCACGCCUUUUGGCGUGCCAAGAUUAUCAACUAAACGUCCACGCGCAGAGUGCAUAAAAUCUACUUUAAGUGGUACUCCGCGCACGCGUGCGCAAUUAAACGAAGAAGCAUCGUUUUUUAUCAUGGAUGAAGCGGUCCUAGGUCUUAUAUUUGCAUUCCUUCCAGGCCUGGAAACCAUUCGUUGUAUGCAACUUAACCGGUUCGCACACCGUGUUUUGCCACGGUGUGUGUAUACUCUCGAGAUUGAAUUACGUCAACUUCAACUCGCGUAUACAAUACAUGCAGCUGUAGUACCGUCUCGACCGGCUGCUACUCUUUUGUGCCAGUUUCCGAAUCUCACGGGCCUUAGCGUAUAUAAUUCGCUGAAACCACUGUGUGAUCAGCAAGAAAGUGGCCCGGCACUGCACGCUUGGGGUUGCAGUGAACUGGAUAUCUCGCACGAUAAUGUGGGAGAAGAAGUGGUGCAACAGCUUGCUGAAGGAAUUGAAUUAGGUGCUUGUCGACAAUUGAGCAGUCUCCGCCUUGUGUCGGUAUUUACAAACACUUGUCGCGGCAACGCUUUGCACUUGUUAUGCGCAGCUUUGGUCAAGGGCUCCUGUCCUGUUCUAGAAGACUUGUUGCUGGGAGGCAAUGGGUUUUCGGAUGUGGGCACGGUAGAUGUUGCGUGGCUGCUUAAAGUUGGAUCGUUGCCAAAAUUGGUGCGAUUGGAUAUUCGUCGUAAUUAUAUCGGGGAGUCUGGAUUGAAGCGUAUUAUGGCUGCUUUGCGCGUCGGUCGUUGUCAACAGCUUAAGUAUUUGUGCAUGGGUGGUAACAUCAUCACAGACAAUUGUGUCAAACCAGUAGUCGAGCUGCUAUCAAGCGCGCAAUGCCCGCAAAUGCGUUUUCUUGGAUUAGAGGAUAAUUUUUUAAGUGCUCGUGGCGUUCAGUGCAUUAUUCAGGCGGCUGUAGCUGGUGGGAUGAUGCCCAAACUACACCAUGUAUCGUGUGAUGGAACACUUGGCGGCGAUGAGACUCAAAGUGUGCGUGCCGCAUAA